AUGGAUCCGACCACUAAUAAACCUAGGGAAAAUGGAUUAAAUGAUCCUCGACUCGGUUCAAUCGAUAGAAAUUUUAGAUGCCAAACAUGCUCGGAGGACAUGCAAGAGUGUCCUGGACACUUCGGCCAUAUUGAGCUUGCCAAGCCUGUGUUCCACAUUGGUUUUGUGUCCAGGAUCAAGAAAGUCUGCGAGUGUGUCUGCAUGAACUGUGGUAAAAUCUUGCUGGACGAGGCCACAAAUCCACAAUUCGCGGCUGCUAUCAAAAUCAGAGACCCCAAGAAGCGUUUUAAUGCCGUUUGGAGUCUCUGUAAAACGAAAAUGGUGUGUGAGGUGGAUCAGCCAGUUGAUGACGGGUCCGGGCGUACUCAACAUCUUAGGGGAGGCUGUGGGGCCAGCCAACCAACUAUCAGAAGAGAUGGUCUCAAACUCUGGGGUUCUUGGAAGAAGUCUAACAGUGAUGAUGAUGGAGAGCAGGCAGAAAGAAGACAAAUUAGCGCAGCAGAAGUUCUCAAUAUUUUCAAGCAUAUUUCACCUGAGGACUGCCAUAAGCUGGGCUUCAAUGAAGAUUACGCCAGACCAGAGUGGAUGUUAAUUACAGUCUUGCCUGUUCCUCCUCCUCCUGUUAGACCAUCUGUCGCAUUCACCGAUUCUAAAAGAUCGGAAGAUGAUUUGACGUAUAAAUUGGCCGAUAUUUUGAAGGCCAAUAUAAAUGUUCAAAGAUUCGAAAUGGAUGGUUCCCCUCAGCAUGUGAUCAGCGAAUUCGAGGCGUUACUACAGUAUCAUGUGGCUACUUAUAUGGACAAUGACAUUGCAGGACAGCCGCAGGCUUUGCAAAAGAGCGGAAGGCCAAUCAAAUCUAUCAGAGCUCGUUUGAAGGGUAAAGAAGGUAGACUCAGAGGUAACUUGAUGGGUAAAAGAGUGGAUUUCUCUGCCAGAACAGUUAUUUCGGGUGAUCCGAACUUGGAUUUGGAUCAAGUGGGUGUUCCGAAAUCUAUUGCGAAAGUCUUGUCCUAUCCGGAAAUUGUCACUCCAUAUAAUAUUCAAAAGCUAACUGAGCUGGUGCGUAAUGGACCAAAUGAGCACCCAGGAGCAAAGUAUGUGAUAAGAGAUUCGGGGGAUAGAAUCGAUCUUCGGUACAACAAAAGAGCGGGCGACAUUCAAUUGCAAUAUGGGUGGAAGGUUGAGCGUCAUUUGAUGGAUGAUGAUCCCGUCUUGUUCAACCGUCAACCCUCUUUGCAUAAAAUGUCCAUGAUGGCUCAUAGAGUGAAAGUCAUGCCUUACUCCACAUUUAGAAUGAAUUUGUCUGUGACCUCGCCUUAUAACGCCGAUUUCGAUGGUGACGAGAUGAAUCUGCACGUUCCGCAGUCGUACGAAACUAGGGCGGAACUCGAGCAGAUUUGCGCGGUUCCACUUCAAAUUGUGUCUCCGCAGUCUAACAAACCUGUCAUGGGUAUUGUGCAGGAUACUCUUUGUGGUAUUAGGAAGAUGACUUUGAGGGACACUUUUAUUGAAUAUGACCAGGUGAUGAACAUGUGUUUCUGGAUUCCUAAUUGGGAUGGUGUUGUUCCACAGCCGGCAAUCUUGAAACCAAAACCAUUAUGGUCAGGGAAGCAGGUGCUUUCCAUGUGUAUUCCUCAGGGUAUUUUCUUACAGAGACUGGACGGUUCGCUCCUGUCUCCUAAAGACUCAGGAAUGCUCAUUGUGAAUGGUGAAAUCAUGUUCGGUGUGGUCAAUAAAGCCACUGUGGGAUCGAGUGCCGGUGGUCUUAUUCACACCGUCAUGCGUGAGAAGGGGCCUAAAGUUUGCGCACAAUUGUUUGGAAAUAUUCAAAAGGUUGUGAACUAUUGGCUCCUUCAUAAUGGAUUCUCCAUUGGUAUCGGUGAUGCCAUUGCAGAUUCUGAGACAAUGAAGACCAUUACCGAGACUAUUGCUAUUGCCAAGGAAAAAGUGCAGGAGGUUAUCAUGGACGCACAGAAAAACUUGUUGGAAGCCGAACCCGGAAUGACUGUUAGAGAGUCCUUCGAACAGAAAGUCUCCAAACUGCUUAACGAAGCAAGAGACUCUGCUGGUAAAUCUGCAGAAACCUCCUUGAAAGACUCGAAUAACGUGAAACAAAUGGUUACGGCCGGAUCCAAAGGUUCGUAUAUCAAUAUCUCUCAGAUGUCUGCGUGUGUCGGUCAACAGAUCGUGGAAGGCAAGCGUAUCAACUUCGGUUUCGCAGAUCGUUCUUUGCCUCACUUCACGAAGGAUGACUACUCUGCUGAAUCCAAAGGAUUCGUUGAAAACUCUUAUUUAAGAGGUCUUACGCCACAGGAAUUCUUCUUCCACGCGAUGGCAGGAAGAGAGGGUUUGAUUGAUACGGCUGUGAAAACCGCCGAAACAGGUUACAUCCAACGUCGUUUGCUUAAAGCAUUGGAAGAUAUUAUGGUUCACUAUGAUGGAACUACAAGAAAUUCUUUGGGAGAUGUUAUUCAGUUCAUUUAUGGUGAAGAUGGUCUCGACGGUACUCAGGUGGAGAAGCAGACGGUGGACACCAUACCGGGCUCCACUGAAGCUUUCGAGAAGAGAUACCGCGUUGAUCUGAUGAGUCCUGAGACCUCGAUUCGUCCUGACUUAAUCGAAUAUGGCGCAGAGAUCAUAGGUGACAUUGAACUCCAGAAAUAUCUCGAUGAAGAAUAUGAGCAACUCUUGGCCGACAGGGAGUAUUUGAGAACCAAGUGUUUCACCACAGGUGAAAAUAAUUGGCCACUUCCAGUGAACAUCCGCAGAGUCAUUCAAAAUGCUCAGCAAAUUUUCCAUGUCGAUCAAACAAAAGCAAGCGAUUUGCCAAUCAAAGACAUUGUUGUUGGUGUGCAAGAGCUUUCAAAGAAAUUCAAAGUCAUUCGUGGAGAGGGCGAGAUUUUGGCAGAGGCUCAGGAAAAUGCCACUUUGCUGUUCCAGUGCCUUGUCCGUUCUAGAUUGGCCACCAGAAGAGUUCUUGAAGAAUUCAGACUCAACAAAGAUGCAUUUGAGUGGGUUUUGGGAACCAUAGAGCAGCAGUUCCUGAAAUCCCUUGUGAAUCCAGGUGAGAUGGUGGGUGUCAUUGCUGCACAGUCCAUUGGUGAGCCUGCUACUCAAAUGACCUUGAACACCUUCCAUUAUGCUGGUGUUUCGUCGAAGAAUGUCACUUUGGGUGUCCCAAGACUGAAGGAAAUUCUCAAUGUCGCCAAGAACGUCAAGACUCCUGCGUUGACGGUUUACCUGAAGGAAGAAUACGCCUCGGACAUUGAGAAGGCCAAAUCUAUACAAUCCGCUAUUGAACACACCACUUUGAAGAAUGUUACUGCAUCCACGGAGAUUUACUAUGAUCCAGAUCCACGUAGUACUGUUGUUGAGGACGAUAUUGACACUGUGGAAGCCUACUUCGCCAUCCCUGAUGAAAAGGUGGAGGAAACAAUUCACAAACAAUCUCCAUGGCUUUUGAGAUUGGAGCUUGACAGAGCCAAGAUGUUGGAUAAACAGUUGACCAUGAGUCAAGUUGCAGGCCAAAUUAUGGAUAACUUUGGUGAUGAUUUGUUCGUCAUCUGGUCCGAAGAUAACGCUGAGAAGCUUGUGAUCAGAUGUAGAAUCGUCCGUGAAGAAAAGGCUUUGGAUGAAGAAGAGGAAGAGACUGAGGAUGGGCUCCUUAAGGCGCUUGAAGCUCAAAUGCUUGAAUCGAUCUCUUUAAGAGGUAUCAGUGGCAUUUCGAGAGUCUUCAUGAUGAAGUACGACAAAACAUAUAUUGAUGAAACAGGAGAUUUCGCCAAGAAGGAAGAGUGGGUCUUGGAAACCGAUGGUGUCAAUCUUGCUGAUGUCUUGGCAGUUGAAGGAGUUGAUACCACAAGAACUUACUCGAACUCCUUCGUGGAAAUCUUGUUUGUUUUGGGUAUUGAGGCUGCGAGAAGUGCAUUGUACAAGGAGAUCUUGAACGUUAUUGCAUUUGAUGGUUCCUAUGUCAACUACAGACAUUUGGCAUUAUUAGUUGAUUUGAUGACGUACAGAGGUCACCUGGUGGCUAUUUCGAGACAUGGUUUCAACAGAAAUGAUACAGGAGCUCUCAUGAGAUGUUCUUUUGAAGAAACCGUGGAAAUUUUGUUUGAUGCAGGUGCCUCUGCUGAACUUGAUACUUGUGAAGGUGUUUCUCAGAAUGUUAUUCUUGGUCAGCUUGCACCAUUUGGAACUGGCUCCUUUGAAGUGUAUUUGGACGAAGAGAAAUUGUCUAUGCUACCUUCUGAUGCCACAGUUCAUGCAUCCAAUGUUCUUCAGACCAAGGCCGUUGAUGGUGGUUCUACACCAUACGAGGAGGACAAUUUGAAGGAUGACUUCAUUGAUGCUGAGAUGGAAGAUGAUAAGGUUGCAUUCUCUCCGAUGAUCACUUCUGGUGUGAAUGAUGACCGUAGCGGAGGAUUUACAGAGUAUGGUGGUAUGAGCUCAUAUGCUCCUACUUCACCAUUCUCUGGAUUUGCCCCAACUUCUCCAAGCUAUGGCGCCACCUCUCCGUCCUACGCUCCAACAUCCCCAUCCUACUCUCCAACUUCACCUUCUUACUCACCAACGUCACCAUCCUACUCGCCAACAUCGCCAUCUUAUUCACCAACCUCCCCAUCCUACUCUCCGACAUCUCCUUCCUAUUCUCCAACAUCUCCUUCCUAUUCUCCGACGUCCCCAUCCUAUUCUCCGACGUCUCCAUCUUACUCACCAACCUCGCCUUCCUAUUCACCUACUUCACCUUCCUAUUCACCAACUUCACCUUCCUACUCUCCAACAUCCCCACAAUACUCUCCAACCUCUCCAUCCUACUCUCCAACGUCCCCACAAUACUCUCCGACAUCACCACAAUACUCACCAACAUCCCCCCAGUAUUCACCGACAUCACCCCAAUAUUCACCUACUUCUCCUCAAUAUUCUCCAACUUCUCCUCAAUAUUCUCCAACUUCUCCUCAAUAUUCUCCAACGUCUCCUCAAUACUCUCCUACUUCACCACAGUACUCUCCAACGUCUCCACAGUACUCUCCAACAUCUCCAAGUUACUCACCAAACAACAACCGAAACUAA